AUGGGCUCUGAAACCCCUUUUCGACUUCCGGUCAUAGACUUUUCCAAGCCAAACCUGAAACCAGGCUCUCCUGAGUGGGAUUCAGUGAAAUCCCAAGUCAGAAAAGCCCUGGAAGAAUUCGGUUGUUUCGAGGCUUUGUUUGACAAAGUUCCUGUAGAGCUUCGGAAAAGCCUUUUUGGGGCACUGGAAGCGCUUUUUGACCUGCCAUUACAAACCAAACUUCGGAACCUUUCAAAAAAGCCCUUUCAUGGUUACGUUGGACAAUACCCUCAAGUUCCUCUCUAUGAAAGCAUGGGCAUUGAUGAUGCAAACAUCAUCGAGAAAGUCGAAAGCAUGACAAAUAUUUUGUGGCCCGAAGGAAACGAAAGUUUCAGCAAAACGAUAUUGUCAUUUUCGGAGCAAGUAUCGGAAUUAGAUCAAACAAUUAGGAGGAUGAUUUUGGAGAGUUUCAAUCUGGAGAAGGACAUGGAUGAACACAUGAACUCAACGAAUUACCUUCUUCGAGUCAUGAAAUAUAAAGGACCUCAAACUCCUGAGACAAAGCUUGGGCUGAAUGCUCACACGGAUAAAAACAUAGUGACGAUAUUGUAUCAGAAUCAAGUUGAUGGUUUAGAGGUACAGACUAAAAAUGGUGAAUGGAUCCAAUUGAAACCGUCGCCGGACUCUUUCAUUGCGAUGAUCGGAGAUUCUCUCUACGCAUGGACAAACGGGCGGUUGUACUCUCCAUAUCACCGUGUGAUGAUGACGGGAAAUGAGGCAAGGUAUUCUGCAGGGUUGUUUUCAAUCCCGAAAGCAGGUUAUUUAAUAAAAGCCCCCGAAGAGCUAGUUGAUGAAGAACACCCCUUGCUUUUUAAGCCGUUUGAUCAUGUUGAGUUUCUUGGAUUCUACUACACUGAAGCUGGCCAGAGAGCUCAGUCUGCUCUUAAGACUUACUGUGGAGUCUAAGACUUGAUUCGUAUAAUUAGUAUCUAAUCUGCAGUGUUGUUUGAGUUUCGUUGUUUUGCGUCAUGUGAGAGAGGUUGAAAAAUAAGAAAUUGCUUCCCUGUGUAAUUUAAGUAAUGUGAGUUUGG